AUGACCGUUCCUAAGACCACCAAAGCUGUUAUCGUUCGAGAGGCCAAGAGCCAGAAUCAGCUCAUCCCCGACUUCAAGAACGAUGCAGUACUCCGAGUGGAUUACCCUCUUCCUGAACUGGGCCCCGGCAAAGUUCUUGUGAAGGUGGCCGCGGUCGGCUUCAACCACAAAGACGUGUGGAUUCGAAAGGGAAUGUACCCUCGCCUUAAACCAGAGAGUAUCUUUGGCGGUGAUGGAGCAGGCGUCGUCGUUGCAUCCCAUGAUGAUAAGGAUGACCUCAUCAAUAAACGUGUCUUCCUGGUUCCAAGCAGUGGAUGGAAAUCAAAGCCCACCGGACCCGAGGAUCCCAAGAAUUUCCAGGUCCUUGGAUGUCGACAAGAUGAACCUUCCGGAACCUUCGCUGAGUACCUUGUCGUAGACAGGGAGCAGCUUAUUCGUACACCCGACCAUCUCGAUGAUAUCCAGGCUGCUGCGUGGCCGCUCGGCGGUAUCACCGCUUGGAGGGCUGCUAUGAUCAAUGCUGGAGUACAGGCUGGCCACAAUGUGCUAAUCACUGGCAUCGGCGGCGGCGUUGCACUCUUCGCGUUACAAUUCUGCGUCGCUGCUGGUGCAAAUGUAUAUGUGACGAGUGGAAAGACCGAGAAGAUCCAAAAGGCUAUCGAGCUCGGCGCGAAAGGUGGAGUCAACUAUAAAGACGAAAAUUGGCCGGCUCAACUUCAGACCCUGCUCAAUAAACAGGGUGAAGGCACCAAGCUUGACUCUGUGGUCGAUGGUGCUGGUGGUGAAAUCCUUGGCAAGAUUAAAGACUCGCUUCAAGAUGGCGGAAGGGUGGUUUGGUAUGGAAUGGGUGCUGGUCCUACCGUCACGAUGCACAUGGAACAGGUCCUCCAUAACCAACAGCUCAUUGGAUCUACCAUGGGAUCCCACAAAGACAUGGAAGACGCUACUGCGUUCAUUUCAAAGCACAAGAUUGUCCCAAUCGUAUCUCAUGUUAUCGAAGGGCUCGACAAAUUUGAGCAAGGAUUCGAGCUUCUUUACCGCUCUGACCAGUUUGGUAAAGUGAUCAUUAAAGUUUAA